AUGAAUACCCGCCAAGUCAUUGACGAUGGGCCUCAACUCUGGAUUUUGUGGUAUGGUCCGCCUACAGAGGUGCAUGAAGCCGCUGGGCCUGGCAAAUGCAAGAGGAAUGAUGCUAAGAGGCUCUUUGCGCAGUAUUUAAUGCGAAUCCUUAGGCAGCUUACCGGCUUCUGGAUGGUUGCAGAUUUCAACGCAGGAAUCGGGUUGGUGGAAAUGCUAGGCCAGUCAAACUAUCUUGCAAUUGUUGGCGGAGGCCGAAACCCCAAGUUCCCCCAGAACAAACUCGUUAUCUGGGAUGAUGCGAAGCAGAAAGCUGCCAUCAUCCUCGAGUUUCGAACCUCAGUCCUCGGCGUCCGCCUUUCCAAAUCCAAGAUCGUGGUCGCGCUUCUAAAUAGCAUACAUGUCUUCGCCUUUUCGACAUCGCCGAAAAAGUUGUCUGUCUAUGAAACGUCAGACAACCCACUGGGGCUGGCUUGUCUGGGACGAAAGUUACUAGCCUUUCCAGGCCGUUCCCCCGGCCAAGUACAGCUCAUCGAGCUGGAGACAGGCAACAUCAGUAUCAUCCCGGCCCACAGCUCUCCCCUACGUGCCAUGACUCUCAGCCCGGACGGUGAGCUUCUCGCCACAGCCAGUGAAGCGGGAACACUGGUGCGGGUGUUUUCAACAACCAAUUGCACAAAAUUGGCCGAAUUGCGCCGCGGCGUGGACCACGCAGUCAUAUUUUCUCUGGCGUUUUCGCCCUCCAACACUCUUCUAGCUGUGACUUCAGACAAAUCCACCCUCCAUAUCUUUGAUGUGCCACACCCACAUCUUCCCCAUCGCAGCCAAUCGCCUGCGGCAUCCACGGAGGAGAGCGCAAGCCAAAAGUGGGGGAUAUUAGGCCGGCUUCCUUUGCUCCCGCGAGUCUUUUCGGACAUUUAUUCGUCAGCGAGCGCGCAUUUCGAGAUCGGGAACGAGGCUGCAUCCGGGAUAUUGUAUGGCAUGCCCACGGGUACGUCAAUGGGGCGGCCUGUGAAAGGGGUCAUUGGAUGGUUGGAUAAUCAAACUCUGCUGGUCCUUGGAGCAGGUCAGGAUGGGCGUUGGGAGAAGUUUAUCCUGCGGAACGGCGAUGACGGAAGACGUUACUGCAUGCGCGAUGGCUGGAAGCGAUACCUAGGGGGCUGA